AUGGAGGAACUCCAGAGAAAACUGAAUCAACGCUAUGAAGGCACCAAGCCCAGAAAGGUCAGGUUCAAGCUGGCAUCGUCCUACAGUGGUCGGGUCCUGAAGCACGUGUAUGAGGACGGUCAGGAGCUGGACAGUCCAGAGGAGAAAUACCCUCACAGCUUCGUCCACCGCAAGAUCCCACCCAGUCACCUUGAGAUGGAGCAGCUCUGUGGAUUUGAGGAUGCUCAUGGGGACCAACAGGGUGUCUAUCCUCCAACAGGGCUCAUUGCCCAGAGGAUAAACGUGUACAGAGGAAUGGGAAGCUACAAGCCUGCUGCAGGCAAGACUGACGAAGCAGAUGGAGAUGCCAAAUCCUCAGUGUUGGACUUCGGCAAGAUAAUCAUCUACACCAGCAAUCUGCGCAUCAUCAGAGCACCACCGAGGAAGCCUGAAGCUUUGCGGCACCAUGUAGUGCCCCCUGUGGACUUGGAGGGAUACCCAAAGGCCAGGGAGAGGGGGAGCAGGAGGAGGGCUAAAGCGCUUUGUACACAGGAGGGAGAGGAGAAGGAGGAGAAACAGAUCAGCAACACAGACACCAAGGAGGCCGACAGCUGCCAGCAUUGUGGCGGUUCAGGCUGCGCUCCAUGCUCUCUGUGUCACGGUAGCAAGCUGUCCAUGCUGGCCAACCGCUUCAAUGAGUCCAUCAGUGAUCUGCGUUGCCAGGCCUGCUACCCCCAUGGUCUGGAGAAAUGCCAGUCCUGCUCCAGCAAAUAGCAGCAUUUGGCUGACAUCCAUGCUUGGCAUACAGAGAGUGAAUGAGAGAAUGAGAGUGUGUAGCUAUGAGUAAGAGUGUGUCCGAUGCGCUAUCGGUUUGUCAGAAUUGUCUCAGCGGCAAUAUUGCUCUAAUCCAAAAUGUUCUUGGUGGGGUGUUUCGAAGCACUACUAGGAAACAUAAGCCAUCAUUGGAAAGGGGAAUUGUGACUGUGCAGCAGGCACAAAAUCAUAAAAUACAAUUACUGUGUGCAGUGAACAUGGCUUGUGAUAACACAAACACAUAAUCACUUUUUUGUUGUCACAUUAUUUUGCAUCUGUGCCCCUCUCCUUGAUAAAAACCUUGGUUCUACAACGGAGUUAUCAUUUAAAUUAAAGUGAUGCAAACAUUUUGCAUUCAUUUUAUCUACUGGUAAGCUGCCUUAUUCCUAUCUCCCUUCUCUGUUCACCGGAGAGAAUGAAGCCUUUUAUAUCUCAGCAUGAUGUACUGUAUGAGGAUAAUUGAUGCUUUCAUUUUUUUUUGUUUCAAAACAGAAGGAAAAGAGUCUGAGAUGGAAAAAGAGAAAAUGAAAUACAGACCAAGUGAGAGAUCAGAGUGAGCAAGACAAAAAGAGACUGUUUAAUAAAUGGUAACAGCAUAAAUGAUGAGAUUAUAAUUAAAGUGCACCCCACCAUGACAUGGAUAAAUGCACUACUGCUUUGAGAAAGGUGGUAGCGUGAUGCAGAAGCAGUGUUUAGCCAUGUGAAUUCAAACUGACCGUAGCAACAACAUUUUUACACCACAUUUCAAGCCUACAGAGUAUAAAUAUAUCAAUUUUGGGUGGACUAUCACUUUAAUAACUUUUCACUUGUGAAAGAGGUAAAGAUGAGAUAGAGAUAAGAAGACAAAGGAGAACCAUUAAAUAGAUGACAGCAGUACUGUAGGCCAGUUUAGGUGGUUAAAUGAUGUGAU